AUGGUGGCCGGUUCAGCAGCUGCACGGCAGAAGGCCAAGCUGGCUGACUUGGCGGUUUCCAAAGCUGAAAGACGCCUCGUCGGCCUGGCAGGUGACAGGGACAUCGUGGCCAACAGCACCAACAAAGUCGCGGUGCUGGUUUGGAAGUCUCCCUGCAAUCCAGUGCAACGAGCUCACCUCGACCUUUUUCAGAGGGCACGGCAGCUGGUGGAACGAACAGCUCGGAUACCAGUUGCGGCAGCAUACCUCGCUCCCGAAGCAGAAGCACCGGAGUGUUCAUGCCUCCCCUUUGCCAUUCGUACUGUUUUGUGCCGGCUGGCAUGUGAGGAGUCCGACUUCGUAGAAACUUGUGCUUGGGGGUGGGACAUCUCCCGAACAAGCGAGAGGAUUAUUCAGCAGCUGACCGCGAAACUGUCCUGGAGUGGAGGUCUGCAUUGGGAGUUCCAACCGUGGUGCCUCAUCACCGGGUUGCACGCCACAGAUGACAGGGCAUAUCACGAUAUGCCUGUUGUAUGUAUGGGCCCGACAGUUGAGUCACCAGCGCCUUGUACUGUGACAGACUUGGAAGCUCGAAUCCGCCGGGUGCGCCGGCGCAGCUACGAGCAUCAUCCCACGGUCCUCCUGCCCACACGGCAUGAAACAGAAGUCCCCGAGAGCCUCGCGGAGCAGGAGCAGCGCCUUCAGCAACUGCUCAUCAGCUCAGACUGGGAGCAGCUCUCUGAGUCUGGACUGGUCUCCCCGAAGGUGCUGGAGGCCUUGCGCCGCGCUCUGCUGGACCCUGCAGAAACGGACUUCCAGUUUUUUCCGGGCCUGAACGAGACCGAUGACCAAUGGGCUGCCCUCGAGCUCGAGCAGCUCGACACCAAAAAGAGCGCCCGGCCGGACCAAGGCCUCAGCCAGAGCCAGGAUGCUUUCAAGAAAGGCCGGCUGCAUUUCACUACAGGCGAGGCGGCGAAGGCCUCUCAGAGCAGCGGUCGCAAAGUGAUCGCACACCUUUGCAAUGAUCAAGGGAACGGAGGACGCGGUUAUUUCCAGGCCAUAAAGAAGACUUGGGGAAGCGUGCCUUCACGGCAGUAUUUCGAGUGGCACCGAGACCGUAAGUUGGAGUCUGUCGAGAAUCGGUUCCGGCUUGGGGCCGCACAGUUCGUUCAGGUGAGCCCGCUGGUGGAGGUUGCCAACUUGAUCGUGCUUCAGGGAAGCAGGAGCGGUUCCAAAGGCGGCCCAUUGCGCUUGGAGGCUCUGGAAGAAGCCUUGGAGGCUUUGGCGAGCCACGCCGCCACGCAGGGAGCAUCUGUUCACAUGCAGGCCUCCGGAGCUGGAGCGAUGGACAAGCUUGUGAAGCUUCUGAGGGAGGCUGCCCAGAAGCAUCACAUCGACAUUUUUGUGUACAAGUGA